CGCUGCGCGGGCACGCCCCUUCCUUUCCAGCCUCCGUCCCGGACCCUGUAGCCGCCGCGAUGUUGAUGCCCAAGAAGAACCGGAUUGCCAUCUAUGAGCUCCUUUUUAAAGAAGGAGUGAUGGUCGCCAAGAAGGAUGUCCAUAUGCCCAAACACCCCGAGCUGGCAGACAAGAACGUGCCCAACCUUCAUGUCAUGAAGGCCAUGCAGUCUCUGAAGUCUCGAGGCUACGUGAAGGAGCAGUUUGCCUGGAGACACUUCUAUUGGUACCUUACGAAUGAGGGCAUCCAGUAUCUCCGCGAUUAUCUCCACCUACCUCCGGAGAUCGUACCUGCCACCCUGCGCCGCAGCCGUCCUGAAACUGGCAGGCCUCGGCCCAAAGGGCCAGAGGGUGAGCGCCCGGCAAGAUUCACGAGAGGGGAGGCGGACAGAGACACCUACAGAAGGAGUGCUGUGCCCCCUGGUGCUGACAAGAAAGCCGAGGCCGGGGCUGGCUCAGCCACCGAGUUCCAGUUUAGAGGAGGCUUUGGUCGUGGACGUGGUCAGCCACCACAGUGAGCUUGAAGACUGUUGUUUUGAAUAAACUUUAAAGAAAAGUA